UUCCCUCCCAGCACCAAGAGCUUCCAGGAGGCACAGAGCCAGCUGAACCGGGCAGCUGCGGGGCUCAACCAGUCUGCCAACGAGCUGGUGCAGGCGUCGCGGGGAACCCCUCAAGACCUGGCCAAGUCAUCUGGCAAAUUUGGGCAGGAUUUCAAUGAGUUCCUGCAGCUUGGGGUUUGUUCAUCAAGUGUUGCUCAUAAUAAGGAAGACCAGGCGCAGGUGGUGUCGAACUUGAAGAGCAUCUCCAUGUCCUCCAGCAAACUGCUGCUGGCUGCAAAGGCACUCUCUGCUGACCCCACAGCCCCCAACCUCAAGAAUCAGCUGGCAGCAGCGGCACGGGCUGUGACUGACAGCAUUAACCAGCUGAUCACCAUGUGCACCCAGCAGGCCCCGGGCCAGAAGGAGUGUGACAAUGCCCUGCGGGAGCUGGAGACGGUGAAGGAGCUGUUGGAGAACCCCACCCAGACUGUCAACGAUAUGUCCUACUUCAACUGCCUUGAUAGUGUCAUGGAGAACUCCAAGGUGCUGGGUGAGUCCAUGGCUGGCAUCUCCCAGAAUGCCAAGAACAGCAAACUGCCCGAGUUCGGUGACUCCAUCAGUGCCGCCUCCAAAGCUCUCUGCGGGCUGACAGAGGCAGCUGCCCAGGCUCCCUCCCUCGUGGGGGUCUCAGCCCCCAACAGCCAGGCUGGACAGCAAGGCUUGGUAGACCCCACUCAGUUUGCCAGAGCUAACCAAGCCAUCCAAAUGGCCUGCCAGAACCUGGUGGACCCUGCCUGCACCCAGUCCCAGGUGCUGUCAGCAGCCACCAUCGUAGCGAAGCACACUUCAGCCCUGUGCAACACGUGCCGCCUGGCCUCCUCCCGCACUGCCAACCCUGUGGCCAAGCGCCAGUUUGUCCAGUCGGCCAAGGAGGUGGCCAACAGCACGGCCAACCUGGUGAAGACCAUCAAGGCCCUGGAUGGCGAGUUCAAUGAGGAGAACCGGGAGCGGUGCCGUGCUGCCACUGCCCCUCUCAUAGAGGCCGUGGAUAACCUGACAGCCUUCGCCUCCAACCCGGAGUUUGCCACCGUUCCUGCCCAGAUUAGCCCAGAGGGGCGCAGAGCCAUGGAGCCCAUCGUCUCUUCAGCCAAGACCAUGCUGGAGAGCUCUGCUGGCCUCAUCCAGACCGCUCGCUCUCUGGCUGUCAACCCCAAGGACCCGCCGCAGUGGUCAGUGCUGGCUGGCCACUCUCGCACCGUCUCGGACUCCAUCAAGAAGCUGAUCACCAACAUGAGGGACAAAGCUCCAGGGCAGCGGGAGUGUGAUGAGGCCAUCGAGGUGCUGAACAGAUGCAUGCGGGAGGUGGACCAGGCUUCCCUUGCUGCCAUCAGCCAGCAGCUGGCCCCCCGAGAAGAUAUCUCCCAGGAGGCUUUGCACAACCAGAUGAUCACGGCUGUCCAGGAGAUCAGCAACCUGAUUGAGCCCGUGGCCAGCGCAGCACGGGCUGAGGCCUCACAGCUAGGGCACAAGGUGUCCCAGAUGGCUCAGUACUUUGAGCCGCUUAUUAUGGCGGCUGUCGGCGCUGCCUCCAAAACACCCAACCACCAGCAGCAGAUGAACCUCCUGGACCAGACCAAAACGCUGGCUGAGUCUGCCUUGCAGAUGUUGUACACGGCCAAGGAGGCUGGUGGGAACCCCAAGCAAGCUGCCCACACCCAGGAGGCUCUGGAAGAGGCUGUGCAGAUGAUGAAGGAAGCAGUGGAGGACCUGACCACCACCCUGAAUGAGGCAGCCAGCGCUGCAGGUGUUGUGGGGGGCAUGGUGGACUCCAUCACCCAGGCCAUCAACCAGCUGGAUGAGGGGCCAAUGGGCGAGCCAGAGGGGACCUUUGUGGACUACCAGACAACGAUGGUGAAGACAGCCAAGGCCAUUGCAGUGACUGUGCAGGAGAUGGUCACCAAAUCCACCACCAACCCAGAUGAGCUGGGCACACUGGCCAACCAGCUCACCAAUGACUAUGGACAGCUGGCACAAGAGGCCAAGCCGGCUGCACUCACCGCCGAGAACGAGGAGAUUGGCUCCCACAUCAAGCGCCGGGCGCAGGAGCUGGGUCAUGGCUGUGCCGCCCUGGUCACCAAGGCUGGAGCCCUGCAGUGCAGCCCCAGCGAUGCCUACACCAAGAAGGAGCUGAUAGAGAGCGCACGCAAAGUUUCCGAGAAGGUGUCUCACGUGCUGGCAGCUCUUCAGGCUGGGAACCGUGGGACACAAGCCUGCAUCACAGCAGCCAGCGCUGUCUCCGGCAUCAUUGCUGACCUCGACACCACCAUCAUGUUUGCCACGGCAGGAACCCUCAACCGGGAGAACUCAGAGACCUUUGCUGACCAUAGGGAGGGCAUCUUGAAGACAGCCAAGGCGCUGGUGGAGGACACCAAGGUGUUAGUGCAGAACGCCACGGCCAGCCAGGAGAAGCUAGCCCAGGCUGCCCAGUCCUCUGUGUCCACCAUCACCCGCCUGGCAGAGGUGGUGAAGCUGGGUGCUGCCAGCCUGGGAUCUGAAGACCCAGAGACUCAGGUGGUCCUGAUCAAUGCUGUGAAGGAUGUGGCCAAGGCACUUGGAGACCUGAUUGGUGCCACCAAGGCAGCUGCUGGUAAAGCUGGGGAUGACCCUGCUGUCUACCAGCUGAAGAACUCUGCCAAGGUGAUGGUGACAAACGUCACUUCCUUGCUGAAGACAGUGAAGGCUGUUGAGGACGAGGCCACAAAGGGGACACGAGCGCUGGAAGCCACAAUCGAGCACAUACGCCAAGAGCUGGCAGUAUUCUCCUCUCCCGUGCCUCCUGCCAAGGUCUCCACCCCAGAGGACUUCAUCCGUAUGACAAAAGGCAUCACGAUGGCCACAGCCAAAGCGGUGGCUGCUGGCAACUCGUGUCGGCAGGAGGACGUGAUCGCCACGGCGAACCUGAGCCGCCGUGCCAUCGCCGACAUGCUGCGUGCCUGCAAGGAAGCCGCCUACCACCCAGAGGUGAGCGGGGACGUGCGGCAGCGGGCGCUGCGCUUCGGCAAGGAGUGUGCUGAUGGCUACCUGGAGCUGCUGGAGCACGUGCUGGUGAUCCUGCAGAAGCCAACUCACGAGCUGAAGCAGCAGCUGGCAGGCUACUCCAAGCGUGUGGCCAGCUCUGUCACUGAGCUCAUCCAGGCAGCCGAAGCCAUGAAAGGGACGGAGUGGGUUGAUCCAGAAGACCCCACCGUCAUCGCUGAGAAUGAGCUGCUGGGGGCAGCAGCUGCCAUUGAGGCUGCAGCCAAGAAGCUGGAGCAGCUGAAGCCGAGGGCCAAGCCCAAGCAAGCAGAUGAGAGCCUGAACUUUGAGGAGCAGAUCCUGGAAGCUGCCAAAUCCAUUGCUGCAGCCACAAGCGCUCUGGUGAAGGCAGCCUCAGCAGCCCAGCGAGAAUUAGUGGCCCAAGGAAAGGUGGGCGCCAUCCCCGCCAACGCAGUGGAUGAUGGGCAGUGGUCCCAGGGACUCAUUUCAGCCGCACGCAUGGUGGCUGCUGCCACCAACAACCUGUGCGAAGCCGCCAAUGCAGCGGUGCAGGGCCACGCCAGUGAGGAGAAGCUCAUCUCGUCAGCCAAGCAGGUGGCUGCCUCCACGGCACAGCUCCUGGUGGCCUGCAAGGUGAAAGCUGACCACGACUCAGAGGCCAUGAAGCGGCUCCAGGCCGCCGGCAAUGCGGUAAAGAGAGCGUCAGACAAUCUAGUGAAGGCAGCCCAGAAGGCAGCUGCCUUCCAGGACCACGAUGAGACGGUGGUGGUGAAGGAGAAGAUGGUCGGGGGAAUUGCACAGAUCAUCGCCGCCCAAGAGGAGAUGCUGCGCAAGGAGCGGGAGCUGGAGGAGGCGCGGAAGAAGCUGGCCAUGAUCAGGCAGCAGCAGUACAAGUUCCUGCCCUCGGAGCUGCGGGACGAGGAGCAGAACUGAGCCCCGCGCCCUCCCGCCGCUCACCGCACAGACUGCUGCCCGCCUGCCCACCCGCUCCUAUUUACGACAACUCGCCUCAAGCGAAGGGCUACCUGAGCUAGACCAGAGCUCUGCCUG